AUGCCGGCGACGACAUCGACGGGUUCUAAAAAGGCCCCCGCGCUAAAGACGCUUCAAGCUAAAUUGAAGUCGUUUCUAACCAUGUUUAAGGAUAUCGGUGAGUUUGCACAAGCGUUCAGUGUUGAAACUACUGCUAGCCAGGUGACGGUGCGACUUGAGAAGCUAGAAGAGUUGUGGGAGAAGGUGAAUGACGUCAUCUUGGAAAUCGAAAUUCACGAAGACUAUACGGCAGAGGAUGAAGCUUAUAUACAGCAGCGGUCGGAGUUUGGCAACAAGUACUAUGCGGUAAAAUCGGCACUUUUGGACAAGGUUAAGGAAUUGGAGGAACAUCCGGCCAUGAAUACUUCUCUUCGCGCCAAUGAUACGACGCAGCAACCUACCGUUGAGCACGUUCGUCUCCCACAAAUCAAACUUCAAACGUUUGAUGGAAAUAUUGAUGAGUGGUUGAGUUUUCGAGAUCUUUACACUUCGUUGAUUCACUGGAAGGCCGAUCUACCCGAUGUUGAGAAGUUCCACUACCUAAAGGGAUGUUUGGCUGGUGAGGCAAAAGCUUUGAUAGACCCACUAUCUAUUACAAGGGCAAAUUACCAAAUUGCCUGGGAUACGCUUACAAAACGAUAUAAUGAUAGCAAGUUUCUGAAACGAAGGCAGGUGCAAGCACUUUUCAAGCUACCUUCGUUAACGAGAGAAUCUUCCGCUGAGUUGCAGGCCUUGUUGGAAGGCUUUGAACGGGUUGUUCAGACACUGGAUCAGCUUAUACAACCAGUAGAUUACAAGGAUUUGCUAUUGUUGGACAUUCUAUCCACACGAUUAGAUAACACAACAAGACGUGCCUGGGAAGAAUAUUCUUCGACGAAGGAAAAUGACACAGUGAAAGAUUUGACCGAGUUUCUACAAAGGAGGGUACGAGCUCUUGGAUCAUUACACACGAAGCCUACGGAAGCCAAGCCAGAGUUUUCACGAGAAUUUAGGAAGGGUUUUACUCCAGCACGUCAUAGUCAUAAUGUUGUUCAAAACACAACGGGAAAUUGCGUGGCGUGCACAGAGUCGCAUCCGUUGUAUUUAUGUUCAGCGUUUCAGCGGCUUACGGUGUCUGCCCGGGAUAAACUACUUCGGACGCAUUCUCUUUGUAGGAAUUGCUUUAAAAAGGGGCACAGGGCUUCGGAUUGUCCAUCAAAAUACGUUUGCCGCAUCUGUAAGGAAAAGCAUCACACGUUGGUAUGCUUCAGAGCUGAAAGCAACCAUGCUGCUAAGGAAAGGAUUAGCAAGGACAGUGGUGUAACCAAAGAGGUGUCAUCGCAGGCUGCUAGUACAUCGGGUACUCAAGUGUCUGCAAAUGUAUCUGGUCAUAAAAUAUCAUCAGUGCUGCUGGCUACAGCGGUCGUAUUGGUGGAAGACGACCAAGGCUUUCGUUUUCCAGCGAGAGCUUUACUAGAUUCCGGCUCCGAAUGCAACUUUAUGACAGUAGGAUUGGCUCAAAAAAUGAAACUUAAACGUCAAAGGUCUGACGUGGCAGUAUGCGGAAUUGGCGACUUGAGUACAAGGGUAAAACAAACAGCAAACACCACCAUCAAGUCUCGAGUAACAGACUUCACGCGUAGAAUGGAAUUUCUACUGUUGCCUAAAGUGACGGCCAAUCUCCCCAUAACAAAUGUGAAUUUGGCUGGAUGGCAAAUUCCGACUGGUGUCGAACUAGCGGAUCCAGCAUUUUUCGUAUCUAAAGCAGUAGACUUGGUGCUAGGCAUACAGCAUUUCUUUUCAUUUUUUAACACCGGAAAUGAGGUUCGGCUGGGAGAAAAUCUACCGAUGCUGACGGAGUCAGUCUUUGGAUGGGUAGUUUCCGGUGCGGUGGAUAAUUUCCAACAUAAUUCGGUUACUUCCUGCAAUAUGACGGUCGGUCUGGAAGAAUUAUUAAGUCGUUUUUGGUCUUGUGAGGAGAUUGGUCCUCCCACAAAUUAUUCUCCGGAAGAGUUAUGCUGCGAGGAGCAGUUUGCUCAAACUGUGAAACGAGGUUCCGAUGGUCGGUACACAGUUUCCCUACCCAAGGUUGAAGGCGCAUUGGCAAAGAUUGGCGAGUCAAGGGACAUCGCAUUUCGGCGACUGCAAGGAUUAGAACGUAGGUUACUGAAGAACGUAGAGCUGCGGCAGCAGUACGAUCAGUUUAUGGAGGAAUACCUACAACUGGGACAUAUGCGUAAGGUGGAAACGCGUUCCCUAGAGCAAGAAACUCGCUGCUAUUUACCACAUCAUCCGGUGGUUAAGGAAGAGAGUACUACUACUAAGGUCAGGGUAGUAUUUGACGCGUCUUGUAAAACGGCAACCGGAGUGUCGCUAAACGAUAUAUUACUGACGGGGCCAGUAGUACAGGAGGAUCUCCGAUCGAUUAUUUUGCGUAGUCGAACGAAGCAAAUCAUGUUAGUUUCUGAUGUCGAGAAAAUUUUUAGGCAAAUUGAAAUUAACGCAGCGGAUAGGCCGCUUCAAAGCAUCUUGUGGCGAACAGAUAGCAGCAAAAAUGCCGAAACAUAUGAGCUAACCACGGUGACGUACGGAACCAGGCCCGCACCGUUUCUAGCAACCAGGACUCUCAAACAACUCGCUAUGGAUGAGCGAACACAUUUUCCUCUCGCAGCAAGGGCUGUGGAUCAAGAUGUGUAUAUGGACGACGUUUUGACUGGGGUCGAUGAUGAGGAAACAGCAUUAAUGUUAAGAAUGCAGUUAGAGGAAAUGCUGCAAAGGGCGGCUUUCGAUUGA